CAAGGUCACGUGUUGUUUGUGCUCCGGCCCGUAGAGAUGUGCACAAGAGACGCGGACAGAGUGCUUACUAACGGAGCUAACUAACGGAGCUAACUACCGAUACAGAGUCGUGGCCAUGUCGCGCUGGGCUAGACUUCACGUCGCAGUCGCCUGGUAGUGAAAAAGGUGGGAUAAAGGGGAUUUUAUUUGUCGUAAUAAUAUUAUUAUUAGAUUAGCACAUCGCUAGCUGUUGUGGGCUAGCAUGCUAGCGGGUCGGACUCGGACUCGCGUCUCCCAGAAGAACCGGAAUGGGGUCUGCGUCCACUCCGAUUAGCCCGCUAGUGAAGUGAAGUGACCUUUGUUUGGAUUCUCCGCCGAUGGCCAAUUUCACGAAUUACCAGGAGGGUAACACCGCAAUGUUGAUGAUGGAGAAGGGACAGCAGCCGAGAGACGCGGGGGUGAAACCUGCGACGGCGAACGGAGACGUCUCGGUCGGGGAACCCCCUUCCCCGGUCAUUAAUAUCGGUGGAGGCGGCGGUGGCGGAGCAUCGAGGUUUCAUCAACAACACCUGCCGCCCUCUAGCAACCACCACUCUUCUCCUGGUCAGCCCAAGGAUCAACCACCGCACCCACUGUCCAACCUCCAUCACUACCAGCCGGGCCAGCAGCAGCAUCUCUCCGGGGAAAACACCCUCGGAUUCCCCGGUAGAAAAGCCAACUCGUCGGUCUCUGCAGCCGAGGACGCUGCCGCUAGCGGCAGCGAUGUAUACGCGGCUGUGAACGUCGUCGCAUCCAAUACAUCUGAAGCUGUGGACGAUAUUCGCAAAUGUGGCUACCUGAGGAAACAGAAACACGGACACAAGAGGUUCUUCGUGCUGCGGGCGGCCAGCCACAUAGGCCCCAGUCGCCUGGAGUACUUUGACAGCGAGAAGAAAUUCCGGAAUAGCCUGCGGUCUGCCGCCGCUGCCGCGGCCGCCGCUAGCGGGGGAGCUGUCGCCCCUUCUCCGCCGAAGCGGGUUAUUUACCUCUACCAGUGCUUCACUGUAAACAAAAGGGCGGAUUCUAAAAACAAGCAUCUCAUCGCCCUCUACACUAAAGACGAGUACUUCGCCAUCGUGGCGGAGAGCGAGCAAGAGCAAGAAGACUGGUACGUGGCCGUGAGCGAGCUGAUGAACGAGGGGAAAAAAGGGCACGUUGACUCUGACGAUCUAGACGACGGGUACGGUACCGUGACCCCCGGUACGGUGUUCAAGGAGGUGUGGCAGGUAAAUGUGAAGCCCAAGGGCCUGGGUCAGACCAAGAACCUCACGGGAGUGUACCGGCUGUGCCUCUCGACCAAGACCCUUCACCUGGUGAAGCUGAAUUCGGAGACGCCGUGCGUCAACCUCCAGCUUAUGAACAUCCGACGCUGCGGCCACUCGGAGAGCUUCUUCUUCAUCGAGGUGGGCCGGUCGUCGUCCAUCGGGCCCGGCGAGAUCUGGAUGCAGGUGGACGACUCGGUGGUGGCCCAGAAUAUGCAUGAGACCAUCCUGGAGACGAUGAAGGCCCUAAAGGCUUUCACAGAGUUCCGCCCCCGCAGUAAGAGCCAGUCGUCAGGCUCCAACCCCAUGCCCUUCAUCACCACGCGCCGUCACCUCGGCAACCUGCCGCCCAGCCAGACGGGGCUCCAGCGGCGCUCCAGGACGGAGUCCGUCGUGGGUACGCCGCCGUCCAGCAAGAGCUCAGGCGCCAGUGGCUACCGCUUCCGCACGUCCAGCGAAGGGGAGGGGACGAUGAACCGGCCGUUCCGCUCGGCGACGGGGAGCCUGGUGCACCUCAACAGCACGCGCGCCCACCUGGGGCGCCACGACGCGGCCGGGGCCUGCGCCGUGGGCGUGGCCACAGGCAACGCCGGCACCAGCACGGGGUCGGGCGGCGGGGGCGGCGGCAGCCCAGGCGUCGGGGCUGCUGCUCACGCGCGCUCGGCGUCGCUCCCGGUCUCCCACUACCCGUCGGCGACCAGCCCCGUCAGCGUGUCGUCGAGCAGCGGCCACGGCUCGGUGUCGGACACGCUCACCCGGCCCUCCAGCGCCUCCAUCUGCGGCUCGCCGUCGGACGGCGGCUUCAACUCGUCGGACGAGUACGGCUCGAGCCCCGGCGACUUCCGGUACCUGCGCGUGCGCAGCAACACGCCCGACUCCCUGGGCAACACGCCGCCCAUCCGCGAGGAGCCUCUCAACGACUACAUGACAAUGGGCUGGCACCGGGACGUCUUCGGCGCCGGGCCGCCGGAGGCGCCGCGCGACGAGGGCCCGUUGGCCGGGGCCGACGACGAGCGGACCUGUCCCUCGUCGUCCUCGCUGCGGCGGCGCGCCCACUCCUUCACCCGGGCGGGGGGGGCAGCCGGCGGCGGGGCACGGGCGUCGGGCGUCGCCGUCUACCAGAAGAUGACCCAGACGACGUUCUCGUUGGACGAGAGGGACCUGGGGGGGCUGGCCUUCGGGGGGGGGGGCCUGCUCCGCGGGGGGCCUCCCUCCUCGUCGUCUUCCUCCCUGCGGUCGGACUACAGCUCCUGCUCGGAGCACAGCCAGCAGAGCCGGCCGUCCGACGGGGACCACACCAGCUCCCGCCCCCCCUCCUCCUCCUCCUCCCCUUCGUCGUCGUCCACCGCCAAGGGGGACGGCGGCUACAUGCCCAUGAUGUGCGGCGUGGCGGCCGCCUCGCCCCGGGACACGCCCCCCGACUACAUGCCCAUGCAGCCCGCCUCCCCGUCGCCCCAGUUCCACAGCCCGGCUCUAGCCCCCCGCUCGGCCCACCUCCACCAUCCUCCGUCCUCCUCCUCCUCCCCCUCCGAGUCCCACGGCUACAUGAUGAUGCUCCCGGGCGGCAGCGGGGGCUCGUCGUCCCCCUCGCAGACCUCCCCCAGCCCGCACGGGGGAGCCGGCGGCGGCGCGCGGCGCGGCGACGGCAUCGCCGAGCGGCCGGAGAACGCCGAGUACAUGGACAUGUCCCACAGCGGCGGCACGGGCUCCGGGGGCCACAAGCAGCCCGCGGGUGACGCGGCGGCCGGCGGCUACUACGCCCUGGGCGCCCCCGAGCCGCCGCCCAGCUCCUACAGCCCCUACUUCUCCCUCCCCCGCCUCCUACAAGGCCCCCCACGGCCGCGGCAGGCGGAGGCGGGGGAGUACGGCGAGUACGUCCCCAUGGCUCCCCCGGCCAAGCCCGGCUUCUCUCCCACCCUCCCCGCCAGCGGCUCCGGCGCCUCCACCCCCGAGAGGCGCGGGGGCUCAGCCCCCGAGAGGCGCGGGGGCUCAGCCCCCGCGCCCUCCCACCCCCCCGCCCCCCGUACAGCGCCGCGCACAGCCAACCGGCCCAACCGCCUGCCCCUGGGCCGCCGCAGCUUCCACUGGCCGGCCCGGGCCGGCGAGGCCUCGGCCCCGACGGCCAGCGCGGGGACCUCCACCUCGGCCUCGGACCGGCCCCCAGCCCCGGGGGAGUACAUCAACAUCGAGUUCAGCGAGAACUGCCCGCCCCCCCCUCACCCCGGCUCCUCCUUCCCACUCUCUGCCCAGGAGGAGGUGCUCUCCCCCGGGUCGGGGGUCCUCUGCUGCUCCCCCCACCAGGACUACAUGAGCGUGGAGGUGGGCGGCAAGAGCCAGUCCCCCAGACCCAGCCUGGUGGCUCCCUGGAACCCCCCCAGCUACAUCCGGCCGCUGGCCGCCCAGACCGGGGGGCCGGCCUCCCCCGGCGGGCCCCCGCGGGCCGGAGGGCACUGGAAAGCGCUGGGGGACGACUACACGGACAUGACCUUUAACCUCGGCAGGGGGGGGGAGGGUCCGCGGGCCAGCCCCACCGCCGUCCUGCAGCACCUCUGCGUGAUGGAGGGCCACUACGGGCACCCCACCCCCGCCUCCUCCUCCUCCUCCUCCUCCCCCAACCCCCCCGGCAGCCCGGGCCGGACGGGGACGGAGCCCAAGGUGGUGCGCGCCGACCCCCAGGGGCGGCGGCGCCACAGCUCCGAGACCUUCACCUCGCCGUCCUCCUCCAGCGCCACGCCCACCGGCCGCCCGCCGCCAGCCCCCUCCCCCGACGCGUCCAACGGGGCGCACCAGGCCGACGGCCUCCCUCCCAGGUGGUCCGGCUCCGGGUCCUUCGACAGCGUGUGGAUGUCCGUGGAAGGGGCUCGGGGAGUCUGCGGCGAGCCGCGCCCACGCCAGAGCCCCCGACCGGGCGCCCCCUCGUCGUCGACGUCCUCCUCGCUCGGGCCCGGAUGUGUCGGAACAAUGUCGUCAGGCUACCAGAACGGCCUCAACUACAUCGCCCUGGAGCUGAGGGAAGAGGUGGGCGCCUCGGCGACGACGGCCGGCGCCGCGGCGGACGCUUCCGUUGCCGGGAGCAACGGGAGCCUGUCGCCGACGGAAACGACGCCCCCGCCGUCGGAGAAUGGUGGCUACGCCAGUAUAGAUUUCACCAAUCCACCGAGGCCGUCGCGUCGGCAAAUAAGGACUGAGGAGUCGAGAGCCCACCCUGGUCUCCCAUCUCUGUGUUCGUGGUGGAGAUGCGAGGGACGGGGGUAUCAGAGACACUUGACCUUUUGACCUCCAACCUUGCAGCUCCCCCCCCCUGCAGCCCCGAACUCAACAAGGUCGACAGCAACAGCUUGCGGUUUAACAUUUUUUUUGUAUAUAUAUAUAUAUAUAUAUAUAUAUAUAUAUACCCUCAUCUGUAUUAUUCAUUUUAUUUUGUCUUUUUAUAUGCAUAUCGUUUUUGUUUUGUUUUUAAAUCCCGCUUCCCACAGUGCUGCUAACCCCUCCCCCCCACUCCCCUUUCAUCUAAAGGCCUGGUUUGCAAUUGACAUGGGCCAGGAUGCUUGUAGAAUAGGUACAGGUAGUUGUCAAAACCAACCGACCCUCUUCUCAAUACGGUACCACGUAGAAGGGCUUGUCAUGGUUACAGCCCCGCGUCACUCUGAAUUGUUGUUAUUAUUGACUCAUUUUUGUGGUUUUUAAAUGGUACAGCUCCCCUCCCAAAGCUCCAAUAAAAUGGUCCAACUAGUUGCUGGAACUCUCCCUUUUCAAAGAUAGGGUACAGGGAAAGUCUUUCGGGUGUGGGAUCUACUCUGAAUUACGACUACUCUCGCUGUCGUACCUUGUCCACCGAAUAACCUCUUAUCUAAACUCUUCGAGCUUAGAUUUAACCAGGCCAGUAAGGACCAGCAUCAGGUCCCUGGGAAAAACACUAGUAGGUUUCGGUAACGCAGAAAAACAACAAUCGCACUUUCACUCCACAACGUAAAACUAUCGAUGGCGGACGUCUGGAAUUUUCUGUCAUAGUAUUUUGUGCUUUGUCGGCAUAGCCAUGUUAUUUUUUUUUUUAACCUGGUACAUUUCUGGUUUUGGUACAUGUGUGGGAACUGGUAGUUUCAGUUGACCUCUGCCUGGUUCUGUUGCGUAGGAGAGGAGGCUGGGCUUUCUCCAGGGAGGAGAACGGUCCUGUUGUUUGCGAUCAGUGUUUCAGAUCGUUCAGCUUAUCGGAGACUAUUGGCUGAAAAAGGUCUGAUUAAUCAAUUGUAUAAUAAUAAUAAUUGAAUCAUCCGUUAUACCUCAUAGUCCGUGACAUACUUCAGGUUUACCAUGGUGAGAGAGUGCGCACACUUUUCAAACACUACUUUGUUCAUUUUAACAGCAUGUACUAAAGCGUGAGCCUAUAUGCAUUUCAGAUGCUCUUUCCACACACUAGACACACAGGGAAAAGUCGCCCCGAACACGUAGGGCUUACAAACGCGCAAAGGCAUGCACUUUUCAAACAUCCUGGUGUGUGCGUUUGUGUGCAUGCAAACUCUGAAAGACACUGUCACAUAUGAGACAUUAAGCGGUCCACGCGUCUGACGCACGCACACACGGGUAACCCCUCAGUGCGUCAGUUAUAGCCGUCAUUGUCAGCAGUUCUGAAUGAUGGCCGAAAUACUUGAGACGCAUGCCCACUAACACGCGUGUGCACACACACUCACAGUGACGUUACUGAAAUAUGAGUCGCAACUCCAGGUGCAGUGUUCGGAACACACACACACACACACACACACACACACACACACACACACACACACACACACACACACACACACACACACACACACACACACACACACACACACACACACACACACACACACACACACACACACACACACACACACACACACAGAGAGAGAGAAAAGACCCACAAUAA